AUGUAUGACGGUGAAGAGUCCGAGGGUCCCAAAGGAACUUUUGAAAUAUACAAAGCUGAGGCAGACACAUUGUACAAACAAGGAGAAUACAGAAAAUCUAUUGAAAGUUACACGACAGCAUUGGAGCUGCAGCCCAAUGAGAAAAAUACUUUGGUUGCCAGAUCAAAAUGCCAUCUGCAGCUGGGAGACACUACAAAUGCUCUUGUUGAUGCAGAAGCAUCACUUGCUGAUGAUAAAACUUUCCACAAGGGUGUUUAUCAGAAGGCCCAGGCCCUUUACUACCAGGGUGACUUUGAAAUGGCCCUUGUCUUUUACCACAGAGGGCACAAACUUAGACCAGAGCUGCAGGAAUUUCGUCUUGGAAUUCAGAAGGCACAGGAAGCUAUUGACAAUUCUGUAGGAUCCCCAGACAAAGUCCAACUGACAACAGAAGGAGAUCUGUCAUUCUUUCAGAAGCAGGAUGAGAAGCGACUCCCAAAGAGAGGUGGUGGUUAUGGUAUGGGCCGUUCGCUGGCACAUGCACCAGUUAGAAAAAGGAAGUUUGAUCUCAACAGAUCACCUGGUAAUGAGAAAACCAUUAAACAACUCCUUGGAGAGUUAUAUGGUGACAGGCAGUACCUGGAGAGGCUUCUUAAAGAAACAGAUCCCAACACAAACAUGGGUAAGACAAUAUCUAACCUGGUAGAGGAAGGAUUGAUGUACCUCGAUACCCGCACAGACUUCUGGCGUCAACAGAAACCAAUGUAUGCCCGUCGACAUGAGAAAAUCAUGCAGAAACAUCGUUUUGAGUCAAACACAGGGAAACUCUCUCCAAAUGAUUACAUCAUCAGAGAACUAGAGCGAAUAGAUCAGUCACAAAUUGAGGGAAAAUACCAAGAAAGUUUAAAGAAAGCCCAAAGAUGUCUGAGCACAGUGGAGAACUUUACCGAGGAUCAAGUGCCAAAUAAACUAGAGGUGAUUGCUAACCUACACAGCUGUAUUGGGAAUGCCUACCUAGAGAUGGGACAAUAUGACAAGGCCCUGGAACACCAUCAAAUUGACUAUAAUAUGGGAGAUGCACAUGAUCUAGAGGAAGCGAAGUCCAGAGGAUUGGACAACUUAGGUAGAGUGAAUGCAAGGCAUGGCAAUUACCAGAAAGCCAUUGAUGUAUGGGAACAAAAACUUCCAAUGUCAAAAUCAGCUUUAGAAAGUACUUGGUUGUAUCAUGAAAUUGGUCGCUGUUACUUAGAACUUAAUAAAUUUGAGAAAGCACGAGACUAUGGAGAGAAGUCACUGACAGCAGCUGAGGAGGCUGAAGAUCCUAUGUGGCAACUCCAGGCAACUGUCCUUAUAGCACAAUCAGAAGUAAAACUUGGAGAUCUAAGUGGUGCAUUGUCAACUUUUGAAACUUCAUUAGAUCUAGCAAGGACACAAGGUGACAUCUCAGCAGAGACUGCCAUCAAAAAAGCAAUAGAAGAAGUGAACGCAAAAAUAGCCAAAGGUGGGUCUAGGGGGUCGGGCAAAAGUGCUGACUCCACUAUGAAAAAGACAGAGACAAAAGCUGAGGCAGAAACUGAUGUAAAUGGUUCUAGUCUAGAACGUGUAGACACAAAAAUGGAAGAAACUAAAAAGGAGGAAGAAGCAGAAGAAAGAGAGAGGAAAGAACGAGAAAGGAAAGAAGAAGAGCAAAAAAUACAAGAGAGAAAAGAAGAGGAAGAACAAAAAGAGAAAGAAAGACUUGAAAAUGAACGAAUAGAAAAAGAAAAAAUAGAAAAAGAAAAAAUUGAAAAAGAAAGACUUGAGAAAGAGAGAAUAGAGAGAGAAAAACAGGAUGAAGAAAAGAAAGAACAGGAAAGAAAAGAAAAAGAAGAUGAAAAGACUGAACAGGAAAAAGAGGAACAGAAAAAUGAAACAGAUGAUGACAAGGCAGAGGAGGAAUAA